AUGGAGACCGAGCGGCCCAAGCCCGCCGGUGGCGACGCCGACGGAGCGGGUCCUCUCCGUCCGACUGCGGGGCGGCGUCCGGGGGCCGCAGCCAUGGAGUUCUCCAAAAAGAGCGUGGAGGCGGCGGGGAAGCGUUCGGGGCUGGGCCGCUGCCGGCAUUUCUUCUGGCUGGGGGUGGCCUUCGACACGGUGGGCGCCACGGUGCUGCUGACGGGCGUGUUCGCCGACCUGCUGUUCUACGACGUGCUGCUCUACCUGGGCGCCAUCAUCCUCUUCAUCAGCCUGCUGUGGUGGAUCUCCUGGUACACCGGCAACAUCGAGCUGCUGCCCGACGACGACGACGACGACGCCCUCCCGCGGGACGAGCACGGCGACUUCUGGGCCCUGGGCUUGAAGGAGCCGCGGGCGUCGCCCUCGGCCCAGGAUUUCCAGGCCUCGUUUCACACCCACCCCCCGAGCUCCGAGAGCAUCGUCCCCUUGUUCCGCAGCUUGUAUCCCCACGACCUGGGGGCUCCCGACGCCGAGCGAUCGCGGCCUUUUCACACCCGGCCCGCCCUUUAUCCCGAGCCCACCCAACAGCCCCGGGACGACGCGGAGGCCUCGGUCCCCAGUGCCACCCGCCCGAGCGAUGCCACGAAGGCCACGGCCACCCCCAGCCACCCUCUCCAGUGA